GUAGAGAUAGUCUUCUGAAAAACUCUAGGAGAGAUGGGUUCUUGGUAACCCAAAUGGAUUCUUCUCAAAAUUGGAGGUCUUGAUCUCCAAAGAAGAGGUAGAUGAGCAAAGUGCUCUCAAAAACUUAGUCUAAACUUUGCUAACCCUAGAUCUAAGAUGGAGCACAAAAUAUAUAGUCUAGCCAUGAAGAGAAGGUAGGUGGGGAAAGUUACACGGGCUGUGGCCCUCUUCUCUGCGUAGACAAGUCGGACAUUCCGACAUAAGUCGGACAUUCUAGUAGUAUAUUAGAGCUUCUCUCGUGCAGGCCUGGAUGGUUUGAUUUUUAUGGCUUAAUUCUCACGUGAGGUCGAAGGAUAUUUGCUGAUACCUACGCAAGAGCAGCUAGCUAGCGACACACAUGCUGCUUUCGGCCUUGAGACUUGGAGCGCAUGUGCGCCUUGGUCUGCCGACGUGCGCCAAGUUGCUAGCCUUUUGAUUUUCCUUGAUACAUGAGUAGCAGUGCUGGUGGAUUGGAUAUCUUGAUGCUUCAGCUUCAAGUGACUAGCGUGGACAAAGGUUUUGAUGGGCAGCACGUGGCAGUUGGCCGCCAAGGCCGACAACCGCGUGACAACUAUCAACACAACAGCGGUACAUCAGUUACAGAGUUCUCAAAUUGGAGAGCGGCGGCUGCCGUCGAGAUCAAUUGGAUCGGGCUAAUUGCUAGCGCCGCACUCAAUCAGUGUCAACGCCAAAAUUUCUUCUGACCCCGAUCUGAUUUGUCCGCUGCCGGUUUUUUUUGCCGUCGGUUGACGAGCUCGGAAUCAAUGUAGACGAAAUAGCCCAUCUGUUCUUUGAGUUCACCAUGCGGGGCCUGCAUGGGCCACCACUGUGAGAGUAGAAUCCGACAUAUCCCUCGAUCGGGUGUCCUAGCGAGGUGAGUAGAUGGAGGGGAAACAGGAGACCAGAUUUACCCAGGUUCAGGCCCUCGUUACGAGGUAAAACCCUACUCCUGCUCGUGUGGUAUAUUGCGAUAGGGGUGUACAAAUUACAAGAUUUAACCGAGGGGUUGUUUGUUGCAUAUCGACUAGCUUGGCCCGGCUUAUAUAAGAUACCAGGGCCUCUAGGGUUACAUGGACCUAGUCAGCUAUGUCGGUGGAGGGGAGUCCUCCACAGCUCGGGCUUCCUUGUCUUGAACAACAAGGCUUCCAAAGUCUUCCUUCUAUAGGGCCAUGGGCUGACAUGAUUGCCCGGGGCAGAAAUUGGCCUAGGGGGCCUCGGGCCGGCCUACUUGAGCGACAAUCAGAGAGGUGAGGCACCCUUUGGCCGUAGCACCGUCAGUUACGUUGUUUAUGGGGCGACAAUCACAACACAUAUGCCAAGUACCAUCUUUCUUACGAACAAUUCCUUAGUCUCUUCGAAGUUGACGCGAUAAGGGGAGGAGCAUCGGGAAUGAGGUUGAUCCUAUGUUCAAUCCCAUGCAGUGGAGGUAUGCCCGGUGGGAAAACAUCCUCAAAUUCCUACAAAACGCAAGUCACCACACAAGGAAGCGUGGGUGAAUCGUUAGUCAACAUGACUUCAUUUUUGUACAAGAAUACAAAGUAUUUCAUUUUUGUACAAGAAUACAAAGUGAAGCACGUGUGAUGGGCUCUGGCUCACAUUCCUUUUUUGGUGGUUAAGAGGUUAAUGUCCUUGUUGGCGCUCAACAUGGAAGCACUCAUUUUCGGCUUGUGACACUCACUCACUUUAUGGCAGGUCACUCCAUUACUAGACUCCCAUAUAGCAUGCAAAGGUUGAAGCUUGCGAUUUAUUGACGAUGAUUUGACUUGCAGUCAUCGGCCGAAGCACAUUCCUUGCCCUUCCACUUGAAGCUAUAGUGAUUGGUGCGCCCAUUGUGAAUGACACUGCGGUCAUACUGCCAAGGGCGUCCCAAUAAGAGAUGGCAAACGGUCGUAGCGACCGCAUCACAUCCCAAGAAACAUAAUGUCUUUUGAAGAUAAAGCAAUGGCUAGUCGUAUCACCUCGCCCUCAUCAAAAGCUACGGUAUCAGAAUCAGAUCUUCGGAUAAUAAAUGUUGCAUCAAAUGUGGAUCAUUCUCAAGCAAAUAACCAGGCAAGUGCAGUCCUCGGUCCAGUGGCUAUCUUUUGGGACAUUGAGAACUGCCCUGUUCCAAGUGAUGUACGGCCAGAUGAUGUUGCUGGGAAUAUACGGAUGGCAUUACGGCUGCAUCCUGUUGUUAACGGUGCAGUUACAGUUCUCUCUGCUUAUGGAGAUUUCAAUGCUUUCCCUAGAAGACUCAGGGAGGGAUGUCAGAGAACCGGAGUCAAACUUGUCGAUGUUCCAAAUGGGCGGAAAGAUGCUGCUGAUAAGGCUAUACUGGUAGAUAUGUUUCUCUUUGCUCUGGACAAUCAUCCACCGUCAUCCAUUAUGCUUAUAUCUGGUGAUGUGGACUUCGCUCCCGCUCUCCAUAUACUUGGUCAGCGUGGAUACACUAUUGCCCUUGCGAUUCCAUCUUCAGUUACCGUCUCAUCGGCUUUGAGCAGUGCUGGGAGUUUCGUGUGGGACUGGCCUAGUCUUGCCCGUGGUGCAGGCAGUGUACCCCCCAGAUCCUUAGGGCAUCGUGCUGCUGAUCCUUUAGUCUGUCCUAACAGUGUAACACCGGGGAAAUUUCCUGACAUACAGACUGAAGAGGAGGCCAUUGCUUAUAUGGGAACUUUUAGGAAUGAAUAUAGUGGCAGAACAACCAGCAACCAGAUUAAUUGCUAUAACUCUUCACAGGUCACCAGGGAAUCAUGCAAAGCUUUCUGCACUCUGGCGGAUGGCAGUUGUGGCACCGGCACGUCAUCGAGGUCACAUCAUGUAUCAGGUGGUUUGAAUGAAGUCCCAGUGAUAGACCAAGGAUUUACAGGCGAACAAUCAUGGUGGGUUCGUCCCGGUGAUCUUCAAGGCUUGAAGGGUCAACUAAUAAGGUUAUUUCAGUUAUCUGGUGGAUCUGUUCCACUUGUCCGUGUUCCUUCAGAGUAUUUAAAGCUGUUCGGAAGGCACCUGUAUGUAGCAGAAUAUGGAGCUGUAAAACUUGUUCAUCUUUUCGAAAAGCUGGCUGAGUCUUUUGUUGUCAUAGGGAAGGGUCAGAGGAAGAUGAUUUGCCUACGCAAUUCUGCUGAUAGGAACAUGAAGAAAUAUCCAAGCACACCAAUAAUUUUGAAAAAUGAAAAGAGAUUGAAUGCUACUCUCGAGGAAGGUACUAGUGAAACAUGUCAGCAGUUGAGCAGCUCAUCAGAAGAUCUCUCAGAGGAUGAACAGAACAUUAACCCUGACGUAGAUGGAGCAUAUGUGUUUGAUAGCCAUCUAUACAAGUGCAGAACAGAGGUCGAGGCUCUUCUUGUCUGUUACUUGUCGUGCCCUCUUCCACUCUCUCAUUUUGAAUCCCUGUAUGAGCAACGGUACAAGAAGACUCUCGACUACCAGAGCUGUGGAGUUGAUGGUCUGGAGGAACUGCUUAACAAGUUAAAAGAUGUUGUCGAAUUGAAUGUAAAUGAGAUCAGCAACAUGAAGUUCAUCAAAGCCAAGUCACCAAAAUGUAGUCCCUCAAAGCCAUGUUAAAUGGUGGUUGUCUUAAUAUCAGUAGUAUAGUCACUUGAGUACUUAAGAUUUUGUUUCCUCGCUGAGCAUGUUUGUCAAGCACUGGGCUGACGUCUAUUUUAAUCAUGUCGGUGGGAUAGGUGCAGACGUGCAGUUGCACAGCAAAUGCUUGCAAUAAUAUCUUGUUCUGCUAAUCUAAUCGAAUAGAUGGUUGCUUCAUUUAUUGAAUAGUGAACCAUCUUUUGGCUGUUUGCCACUUGUA